AUAUUGAAAUGUAGUGGAACUUACUCUUUUUUCAGGACAGAUGGAAGUUUUGUGGUUCAUGAUGUACCUUCAGGAUCUUACGUAGUGGAAGUUGUAUCACCUGCUCAUAAAUUUGAGCCCGUGCGAGUUGACAUAACUUCAAAAGGCAAAAUGAGAGCAAGAUACGUGAAUUACAUCAAAACCUCUGAAGUUGUCAGGCUGCCAUACCCACUCCAGAUGAAAUCUUCUGGACCUCCUUCGUACUUUAUAAAGAGAGAAUCUUGGGGAUGGACAGAUUUCCUCAUGAACCCUAUGGUGAUGAUGAUGGUUCUUCCAUUACUGAUAUUUGUGCUUUUGCCUAAAGUUGUCAACACCAGUGACCCUGAUAUGAGACGGGAAAUGGAGCAGUCAAUGAACAUGCUGAAUUCCAACCAUGAGCUGCCAGAUGUCUCUGAAUUCAUGACAAGACUUUUUUCUUCAAAAUCUUCCAGCAAGUCUGGUAGUAGCAGCAGUAAAGCAGGGAAAAGUAGUUCUGGGAAAAGGAGGUAGUUAAGUCUUCUUCCUAAGCCUGAGUUUGCACAACCGUUUGUUAUGUUGUGUCAUGUUUAUUUGUCUUGAAAGAUCAAAAAGCCACUACUGUAAACUUUCAUCAGGCACAAAACAUGGUAUGCUACAACUGUGGUGCAUAGCUUUUUUUAGUCUGUAUAAGCUGUUUUGUACUUGACAGUAAGUAAAAGAGGACACUGCUUCAAUACUGUAUCUGUAUAAAGUUAUUGAUGAUACUGAAUUAAGUAUAUUGUUCUGUAGAGAAUUAUAAAUUAUAUGAUGUGCUAGACAGUAACGAAUGUCUUAAUCAUAAGACAGUGUAUAAAACAAAGAUAAUAGAAGUGGAAUUCAGUCUUAAGAUGGCUUUAAUGUUUUAUACUUGCUGUUGAGUUCUGAAAUGAACAGAUUCUUUCAAAAUUGAGUCAUGGGUUUACCGAAUAAGAAAGUUGCUGUAUCAGCCUGUCAUAUAUGUUACAUAUAAAAUUAUUUUAUUUCACAGUGUUUUCUGUCUGGACACCUUAGUUCAAGGACUUCCCAAUUUUUAUUGCCCAGUUUUACUCUGAUCUACUUUCUGCUAAAAACUCUUUUGGCGGGGGGGAAAGCAAAGCAUCCUGCAUCAGAAAGUCUUUUAAGCUCUGUCAAUUAUGAAUCCAAGGUAUCUAUAUAAAAUGAUGAAUGUUUAUCUUGGAUCUUUCUAAAUCACAUGUAUCACUUCUUCAGCACUUGGUUCUUACUGUUUUCUGUGUACUGUGCAUUCUUCUUAUCAGUGGUAAGAUUUGAGGCCAAAUACAGAACAAAAUGUUAAAAAUUUAAGAAAAUACCUAAAAGUACAAUUGGAAGGUAAAUCCCACUCAUCUUUUAAAUUAUGUUCCAAAAUAUACAUGACUGUCUCUAGGUAUGCUAUGUCACUGGCAAAAUUUUCUUUGAGCAUGCCUGUGUCCUGCAAUAUCUUCAAGCUACCCAGCAACUUCACAGAAAAGUUGAAAGGAUUGAUUUCCACUACAUGAACAUUUGCAAAUUAAAAAGACAACAGUUCCUACCAAACACCAUUAACAAAUGUCCAUAAAUCGUUUUUUCUUGUUUGUUGGGGGGUUUUUGGCUUUUUUUGGUUUUAGCAUAAAUGCUGUUCUUUUCCACUUUUACAAUUGCUAACUUCUUAGGUAACAGUACCCAUGUAGUAUGGGUAAUGUAUAUCUGAUUUCAAAAAUGGUAUUUAACAUUCACCUAAAGUACACCUGAAGCAAAAUCAAUUCUAAUACAUUUAUUUGUUCUGCCAAACACUUAGGAAGGCUAUAAAUUGUCUUAGAAUACACUUAGAAGUGUGCUGUGAAACAUAAAAGCUGCAAAAGAAUAAGUACUCAUUCAUAGGAUGAAGUAAAAUUUGAAGAUGUUGGAGAAGAAAUAAACUAAUGUUUUUUGGACAGUGAAAGAUUUCAGUCUUUGCAAAGCAAGCUGCACAUUUUUGGUCUUGUUUUUGUUUUGCUUGAAUGGUCUUUUUGUUUUGUAUAUUAUGUAAAAUAUAUCUUCUGGAAGGAUUUACUGAAAUGAGUAUCAUGUUGCCUUUGUAAAAAAAAAAAACAAAAAAAAAAACCCCAAAAAAACAAACACAAAACCAAAAAAAAAAAACCAAAACCCAAACUAACAAACCAAAACCUCUUUCAGCAUCUUACUGAAAAAUUCAUAGGAAAAACAGGGAGCAGUUCUUUGAAGAUGGAGCAGUUAGUUUUGUUACUGUGCUGUCCUGGAAAGUACAAGCCACAAGUUACUCUUGUUUAACAGUAAUUUGAAUUACAAUUAAGUUGAAUUAACUUGUUUUAAUCACAGUUUGUUUGGUAAUUAAUCAUACCUAUACAUUUUUCCUUGUUACAAAGGUAAGGACAGUAUUUCUGCCUUCUUUCAUUGUGUCUGUUCAAGGUCUUGAUCUGCCUUUAAGGGAGAAUGGAGAACUCAGGCCAUGGAAAGAUGAAAGUCUCUGUUAAGAGUUCAGAGUACACAAAAUUAACAGGAAUGGUAAGGAUCCUAAUAAAACUUUGGAAGGACUAUAUGGAAUAUUCAACACUCUUUCCUAGAAAUUAUGUAUCAAGGUCCAGGCAAUUUCUUUGUCAUCAAGAUCAGAUGCAGUAUACCACUCCUCUGCCUUCAACAGAAAACUCUGUUCCACCCCCACAAACCUGUUACCUGAACAUUCCAAGCCCAAAAAUCUUGUUACCCGAUGCUACUCCCUUGAUCAUAUAUGUUACUCCUCUCCUUUUCAGACACUUUUGCGAUAAAGUGUAUUGGUCUGAUGCUGAAGUAAUGCUAGUUACAAUGGCACCAAUUUAUUUGAUAGCUUUUCUAUUGCAGUUACUAGUAUAGUGCAGGGUUGUCUUUAUGCAGAAUGUAAAUGUUUGCUAUAGUUUAGUUUUAAUGUCAUCUUUUAUAGAUUUUUAGUAGUCUGUCUUCUGUGUUAGGUUUGACAUCUCGGUUUUACCAAAAAAUUUAGCUGCCUUUUAGCGAGGCUACUUGAGAGAGCAUAAGGCCAGACGGUAAGUUGAAGCAGCUGACACCUCAGAACAGAAAUUAAAGAUGUGCAGAAUCUG